AUGUUGCUGUUUUGCCCGGAAUGUGGAUCGACGCUGCAGAUUGAGGAAGGCUCAAACUGCUUGCAGUUCUCAUGUAAUUGUUGCCCCUACACGCAGCCAAUAACCAAACUUAUAAAAAGUCGCCUUUAUCCGAAGUUAAAAGAUUUGGACGAAGUACUAGGUGGCCCAAGCGCCUGGGAAAACGCACAGAUUACUGACGCUAAACUGCAACACAUAAUAGCUUUUUUAUUAUUAAAGAUAAAAAGCCGCCUUUAUCCGAAGCUAAAGGAUCUGGACGAAGUACUGGGUGGUCCAAGCGCCUGGGAAAACGCACAGAUUACCGACGAGCGUUGCCCGCGUUGUUCCGGCAAUCGGGCCUAUUUCAUGCAGUUGCAAACACGCAGUGCCGACGAGCCGAUGACUGUAUUCUAUCGUUGCGCCAACUCCGAAUGUGCAUUCCGAUGGAAAGAAUAA